AUGUCAGCAAACGUAGAAAACAAUACGUCAGAAGACAAAACGGAAUUUACGACAAAAUACGCAAUUCCACAAAUUGAAAGUUUUCAUGAAGGCAAAUUUGUAGCAAAAAGAAUUUUGGAAUUCGAAAAACUGGCUGAUAAAACUCAGGAAAAGAAAUCACAAAGUUCUCUUGAGAUGACUGAAUCUACAAAAUCCUUAUCUGAUAUUACGCAUAAUACGCAGCAGAAAAAGAAAAUCCCACAGAAAUCAAACUUUAUUGCUGUUUCGAGUGACAAAGUUGAAGAUUCACUUAGUGAAGAUCUGUUGAACGCAGUAGGAGGUCACAUCACUAAUUCUGAUCAGCCAACGGAUGAAAGUGAAUCUGAGUUGAAAAUCACACAAAAAAAUGUCAAAUUGAUUGAAAGUUCAUCCAGAGAUGAAUUAUCCUGA